GUUUCCGGCCUUUUGGUUAAAUUUUCCCUUAGUCUCAAGCUUAUAAAACCUGGUAUUUUCCUCGAAUAUCCGGUAACCAGAGCAUUACACUGACAAAUGAGCCUCGUCUUUUCCAAAACUAUUAAAACAAUCACCGCCCUCUCUCCGUUUUUGCGGUCGGGCUUUGCUGUUGCCAGUGAUGUGUCUCCAUUAUCCCGAGUGCUCUCGCUCCCUGCUCCGCAUAACCAGUGGACCAGGCACGAGAUCAGAGAACUCUACCACUCACCCUUGAUGGACUUACUCCAUUCGGCCCAAAUCCAGCACCGCCGCUUUCACAGCCCGCUGGAGGUGCAGUUAUGUACCCUUCUCUCAAUCAAGACCGGGGGUUGCACUGAGGAUUGCUCUUACUGCUCGCAAUCCCAGAAGCAUGCAGCCACCACCGGCAUGAAGGCCACUCCUUUGAUGCCGGUGGAUGAGGUUAUUACCGCUGCUAAGGAAGCGCACUUGCAUGGGAGCACUCGUUUCUGUCUUGGGAGUGCCUGGAGGGAAAUGAAAGGACGAAAGUCCGCCUUGCGCCGAAUCGGUUCGAUGGUCAAGGCCGUGAACGAUUUGGGUAUGGAGUCUUGUGUCACAUUGGGUAUGGUGGAAAAGGAACAGCUCGAGUAUUUGAAGUCCCAGGGGUUGACCGCUUACAACCACAAUAUUGACACCUCCAGGGAACACUAUCCGAAAGUGAUCACGUCAAGAACCUACGACGAUCGUUUGAACACCAUUAGAAACGUCCAGCAGUCAGGCAUCAAGGCGUGUACUGGGGGCAUAUUAGGUCUUGGCGAAACCGAAGAUGACCAUGUGGGGUUCUUGCAUACGUUGGCCACGUUGGACCAGCACCCCGAAUCGUUGCCGAUUAACCGUUUGGUUCCAAUCAAGGGAACCCCGCUUGAGAAUAUCGAGGCAUCUAAGAAGUUGGAGUUAGAUAGUGUGUUGCGUACCAUUGCCACUGCGAGGCUCAUCAUGCCGGAGUCAAUCAUCCGGUUGAGUGCCGGGCGGUACACCAUGAAGGAGCACGAACAGUUUUUGUGCUUCAUGGGCGGGGUGAAUGCCAUUUUCACCGGUAAGAAGAUGUUGACGACAAUGUGCACGGGUUGGGAGGAGGAUAAAGAAAUGUUGGCAAAGUGGGGUAUGAAGCCAAUGAAGUCUUUCCGCGAGACUGAGAGUAAGGGUCUAGAUGAAACGGUUUUGAAAUAAGGUUUACCUGAAGCUGAAAUAUACUUGCUUCAUUUUGAAUUAGAGAAAUAGAAAAUGUGGUAAGAACUAGGUGAAAUAUGGAACUUUAUGGAUCAAACGGG